GACCCUUUUCUUCGCCUGCUCCGCCCCAAUUCCACCCCUCUUUCUCUCUCUAAAUCUCACAAUUUAAUCUCCCUUUAUUAUUAUUUUUUAUUAACGCUCAAUUUCCACCCGCCCUUCUAAAUCCUCGUUUCAAAUCGAUCGAUUUAAACCCCGCGUCGGGUUCCAUUCCAUGGCGUUCCAUGUCGCUUGCCCGCUCACUUGCCGGCGGAUUUGCGACUGCGAGCUGGGAUUUGGUGCUGCCCCGGGGCUCGAGGCUUUGGCUGUCGAGAUCGACGCGCUCGAGGAGUUUUUGAGGGAUCCAUGGGCCGUCCGCCCCGCCGCCGACGAGGAGGAGGAGGAAGAUGGGGAGAAGGGUGUUGUCCAGGUCUGGGUCCCCCGUGUGGUGCCCGCUGUGACAGCGCCCUCCGUGGUGGCGGAUGACGUCGGCGCCGGCGACGAGGUUAAGCGAGCGGUGUUGCAGCGGCAGGCGUUGGCUGCUUCCUUGGCGGCGGAGGACUAUGUUCGGAGGUUGGAGGCCGGUGGUGCAGCAGAGGCACCAGGAGAGGCCACCAACAGCCUUGAUGGAGAAUAUCAAGGCAACUCUACUGUGAAGGUCAUGUGCCGCAUAUGUUUUUCGGGCGAAGAUGAAGGGACUGAGAAAGCUUUGAAGAUGCGCUCUUGCAAACAAUGCAACAAGAAGUACCAUAGAAGUUGCUUGAAAACAUUGUCUGAACAUAGAGAUUUAUUCCAUUGGAGUUCAUGGUCUUGCCCCUCUUGUCGCAUAUGUGAGGUCUGCAGAAGAACUGGUGAUCCUAAUAAGCUAAUGUACUGUAAAAGGUGUGAUGGUGCUUAUCACUGUUAUUGUCAGCAUCCACCACACAAGAAUGUUGGUCGUGGGCCUUAUUUGUGUCCAAAGCACACAAGGUGUCACAGCUGUGGGUCCAGUGUACCUGGAAGUGGUCCUAGUACAAGAUGGUUUUUAGGCUAUACCUGCUGUGAUGCUUGUGGUAGAUUGUUUGUGAAGGGAAAUUACUGUCCAAUUUGUCUAAAGGUCUACAGAGAUUCUGAAACUACACCAAUGGUUUGCUGUGAUGUUUGUGAAAGAUGGGUCCACUGCCUAUGUGAUGGCAUCAGUGAUGAUAAGUACCAAGAGUUCCAAACAGAUCAAAAUUUACACUAUAAAUGUGCUGCAUGUCGUGGUGAUUGCUAUCAGGUGACAAAUAUAGAUGAUGCAGUAAAAGAACUCUGGAAGAGGCGAGAUAUUGUUGACUGCGAUUUGGUUUCAAGUUUAAGGGCAGCUGCUGGUUUGCCUUCUAAAGAAGAAAUGAAUUCAAACUUUCCUUACUUGGAUGAUGAGCAAAGUGGUCCAAUCCUACAUAGAAAUGAUACUACCAAACCCCUAAAGUUCUCAUUGAAGGGGAUCAAUGAUAAAUUAUCAAAGGAACAUGAGAAGAUUGUAUCAAACAAAAUGCAAGCAAAGAGAGUGGGAUAUCAGAUUAAGUUAAAUGGUAAAGUAGAAGAUCCAAAACUUGAAGGGCUGAAUGAGUCAAGAUCACUGGAGAGUAGCUUUAGAAAUCAGAAUGUCAACGAGAUAAAUUCCUCCAUACAUGAUGGUUCAGAUAUAGUUUCAUCCUCCACUAUACCUAAACUCAAAAUAAAGAGCAGCAAAGCACAAGGCCUUCGUUUUAAGGAAUGUUCUGCUAAAAGUACAAACGAGGUGGAGACAACAAGAAGUACUAAGCUAGUUAUUCACAUUGGUUCAAAAAACAAAAUCCCUGCAUCCAUCUCUCCAAGAUCUGAAACCUCAAGCUGUCAAAUGGAUCAAGACUUGGUUACUAACUUUGGGGAUGAUGAUGCAAUCAAGCAGAAGGUAAGAGAUAAUCAGGAUGACCAUAAUACUACUAUUCAACGAGAUACCACAGAGGGUGGUAGAGUUAAUAAUCAAAACCUGUUGAGAAGUCCAAAUCCUGGAAGUAAAGAAAAUCCUCCAGCAAAAAGAGUAAAAUUGAAUGAGAAGCACCAGAAAAGUAAUGGUAAUUUGAUUGAUGAAUGUCGACUUAAUGCUAGAAACCAUAAUCCAUCCAUAAGCAAGAGAAGGAAUGACAGGAGCCUGUCUCCAGAAAAUGAAACCAGAGAACAAAGUGAUGACAUUAUCCAGAAAACGCAACACGCAGAUAUAUCUAACAAGUCUGAGAGGGGCUGCAAUGAUACAUCUCUCUCAAAGUUUACCUCAAGUUCCUCCCAAGAUAUGAAGCCAUUACUGAAACUGAAGUUUAAGAAUCCAUAUUGUGAACAGAAAAGCUUAUGGGCUUCUACAGGAGAAGAAGAGAACUCUGCUAAAGGACAGAGAUCGACGAGGAAGAGACCUUCAACUGAGAAGAAUGGGUGGAUGGGAAAUGAGAAAAUAUCAAAAUUGCAUCUUGGUAUCUAAUGGUUGGAGCAACUUAUGAGGCUUGGAUAUUUCAGAAACUGGGAACUGGGAAGCGAUUUCAUCUUUGUCUCUCGUUCCAAACAAGGAUGCACAUUCAUGGAGGUCUGUAGCCGAGCGACAGUAAUCCAACUGAUUUGUUUCGAUUCCCAGUAAAGUAAAUCAGAGAAUCCCUUGACAUUAGUGAUCAUUGUAACUUGCUGAAUAUGAAGCUCUUUGGGUUUAAUUAGCCUGGUGCUCUAAUCGUGCCAAGGUUUGCCUUUUGUGUAGUUGAAAAAACACCGGUCUUUUAAACAUUAUUUGUAGACGCUACACGCUACAGCCAUUCUUGUACCAUCUGUACCAUCUGCCUAGUUAUUUGCUUUAUUGUGUCCG